UGCAAAGCUGCGGCUGCGAGGUCACUCCCCGAAAAUCCCGAAAAUCCCGAAAAAAUCCCGGCCGAGCCCGUGCCCUGCCAGCGCAGGAUUCGCUCCGGGAUCCGGGGCGGGCACCCGGCGCUGCGGCUCGGGAGCCUCCCCCCCUCCCAUGCUGCCGGUGCCACGGCACAGCCCGCUGCAGCCUUUGCACAGGAGGAGCGCAGCUCGGUCCCUCCAGCGCCAUGCCUCGGGCCACCACCCUCAUCCUCAUCCUGGCCGGGCUCUGCGUGUCCUCCCUGGGCCAGUACAACGAGGAGGAGGACCUGGCGUGGCUCCAGUACUACCUGCGGCAGUCCCGCGUCUCCUCCUACAACUACGUGCCCUACUACGAGGAGGAGAGCCCCGCCUACGCCUACUCCUACCCCUCCGCCACCGACACCGAGCCGGAGCCCGAGCCCGAGCCGCAGCAGGCGGCGCCCUGGCGGUGUCCCCAAGAGUGUGACUGUCCCCCCAACUUCUCCUCGGCCAUGUACUGCGACACGCGCAACCUGCGCUACCUGCCCUUCGUGCCCUCGCGGAUGAAGUACGUCUAUUUCCAGAACAACCUCAUCACCUCCAUCCAGGAGGGCGCCUUCGACAACGCCACCGAGCUGGAGUGGCUGGCGCUGCACAACAACCAGAUCGGCAGCGAGAAGGUGGGGAAAAGGGUUUUUGGGAAGCUGCAGCGCCUGGAGAGGCUCUACAUGAACAACAACAACCUGACCAGGCUGCCCAGCCCGCUGCCGCGCUCGCUGAGAGAGCUCCACCUCUCCUACAACCAGAUCUCCAAGGUGCCCUCCAACGCUCUGGAGGGGCUGGAGAACCUCACGGCGCUCUACCUCAGCCACAACUUCAUCUUCGAGAUGGGCGCGUCCCUCAAGGGGCUCAAGUCCUUGAUCCUGGCCGACCUGAGCUACAACAACCUGAGGAAGGUGCCCGACGGGCUGCCGGCCUCCCUGGAGCAGCUCUACCUGGAGUACAACUACAUCAACGCCAUCCCCGACGAGUAUUUCCAGGUGUCCCCCCGGCUGCUCUACGUGAGGAUGUCCCACAACAGCCUGACCAACCAAGGGCUCUCCAGCAACACCUUCAACAGCAGCAGCAUCCUGGAGCUGGACCUCUCCUACAACCGCCUGCAGAAGAUCCCGCGGGUCAACACCAACCUGGAGAACCUCUACCUGCAGGGGAACCAGAUCGACGAGUUCUCCAUCAGCAGCUUCUGCUCCGUGGUGGACGUGGUGAACUACUCGCGGCUGCAGGUGCUGCGCCUGGACGGCAACGCCAUCAAACGCAACGCCGUGCCCCCGGACGCGCCGCUCUGCCUGCGCCGCGCCACCGUCAUCGAGAUCUGAGCCCCCUGCCCACCCCCCCUGGACUUUGGCCCCCCAUUCCCGGGGGAUUCUCGCCUUCCGUCCCCGCUUCUCCUCCCGGCUCGGCUUCGCGCUCCCGGUGUGCCCGGAAUUGUUCCUCUGGCGCUCGGAUCCCGGCUCUGAGCCCGCCCCGGCCCGGGGGCACCUCCUGCCCCAGGAUGGAGUGGGACACGGCAGGGGAGGGGCUCAUCCCGCCUUGGGCACGGGGAAAUCCCAAUCCCGAUCCCAAAUCUGGAUUGGAACCCCUGGGAGAGCAUUCUUACAGGGGGAUCUGACCCAGAAGGAGCAUCCUUCCAUGGGGAUCUGACCCUUUUUCCAUGGGGAAAUCCAUUGAGGAUCAGACCCUUUUUCCAUGGGGAAAUCCCAAUCCCAAUCCCAAUCCCAAAUCUGGGCCUGAACCCCCUGGGAGGAGCAUCCUUUCAUGGGGGAUCAGACCCAGAAGGAGCAUCCUUCCAUGGGGAUCAGACCCCUUUUCCAUGGGGAAAUCCCAAAUCCCAAUCCCAAAUCUGGGUCUGAACCCCCUGGGAGAGAAUCCUUCCAUGAGGAUCAGACCCCUUUUCCAUGGGGAAAUCCCAAAUCCCGAUCCCAAAUCCGGGUCUGAAUCCCCUGAAAGGAGCAUUCUUCCAGUGAGGAUCUGACCCUUUUUCCAUGGGGAAAUCCCAAUCCCAAUCCCAAAUCCGGGUCUGAACCCUCUGGGAGAGAAUUCUUGCAGGGGGAUCUGACCCUUUUUCCAUGGGGAAAUCCCAAUCCCAAUCCCAAAUCCGGGUCUGAACCCUCUGGGAGAGAAUUCUUGCAGGGGGAUCUGACCCUUUUUCCAUGGGGAAA